AUGGCUAAGCCUGGACUUGCAAUUCCUACAAAAAUAAAAGACAGCACUCGAUUUUAUCCUUAUUUUAAGGAUUGUGUGGGGGCGAUUGAUGGAACUCAUAUCCUUGCAAUGAUACCAGGACAAGACACGGCUAGCUAUCGUAAUCGAAAAGGACAAUUAUCGCAAAAUGUCUUACCUGCAUGUAAUUUUGAUUUAGAAUUUACGUAUGUUCUUAGCGGGUGGGAAGGAUCAGCUCACGAACUACAAGAUGCUUUAACAAGAAACACAAACAAAUUAGUAGUUCCUGAAGAAGAUGCUGUCGAAGAAACCAACGUUGAUCAAAGAAAUGAUGAAGAAGAAGAACAGCUUCAUGGUACUCAAGAACAACAAAGAGUGCUCGCUAAUACAUGGAGAGCAAAUAUAGCUGCAAGCAUGUGGACUGAUGCUAUGAAUAUGGGGUCAUGA